AUGAGCUCUUCCGUUAUGGGGAAUAUUUUUUUACACGCCUGCGUUUUGUUCCAGGUAUUUUUCUAUCAACUUCAAACAUCCCUUCGUCGAUUCAAUGAAUGGGAAGAGAUCGUCUACACCACUAUCUAUGUGAUCAUUUCGAUAUUGGCUGUUAUCGGGAAUGGACUGGUUAUUAUGGCCGUACUUUGGAAAAAAGCGAUGCGAACAAAUCGCAAUGUUCUAAUCUUAAAUCUCGCGCUAUCGAAUUUGGUGCUUGCUCUAACCAAUAUUCCAUUUCUUUGGUUACCAUCGAUCGAUUUCGAAUUCCCGUAUUCACGGUUUUUCUGUAAAAUCGCCAAUGUACUUCCUGGAAGUAAUAUCUAUUGCUCGACACUUACCAUCUCGGUUAUGGCGAUUGAUCGUACUUACGGCGUUAACACGCCCACGCUUGAAGAGUCGACUAAAGGGCAAAAGGCUGAUUUCUCACGUUCAUGCAUAAUCCUCCCUCACAUCUUAGCUAGAUUGCAUAGGCUUUUUCUUUCCAGGUACUAUUCCGUAAAGCAGCUAAAAAUAGCAUCAAAUCGACGUCAAUGCAUGAAAGCGAUAUGCAUCUCUUUAACAAUAUGGGUUGUCUCAUUUCUUCUCUCGUUACCCCUUCUUCUCUACUACGAUACUACUAUGCUAUAUGUUGUAAAGGAUGUGAAUGUAUUGGAUGAAAAAGGUGGGAUAAAACUUCGUAGCUACGGUUGGCGACAAUGCCGUUUAGCCCCAUCGAGAUCAACGACGUUAGAAAUGUCUACGCAAGAGAUACAGUUGCUGAUGUCAGUGCUUCAAGUUGUUUCGCUCUACAUCGUACCACUGUUUGUACUGUCAAUAUUCAACGUUAAAUUAACUCGCUUUCUCAAAACUAAUGCCAAUCAAAUGGCUAAAAAUCGCUCAGAGAGUAGAAGAAGGCGAGCGGAAACCGAUAUGGGAAGGAGAAACGGAGAGAUUGGCAAGCAACGCUCUCAGUCAAUUCCGUCCUUGCGUAGUUCCAUAGCCGAACGGGCAAGCGAGCGAAGAACCAGCCGAACUACAGCUUUGCUGAUUGCAAUGGCUUUUAGUUACGCUGCUCUCUGGCUUCCAUUCACGCUUAUUUCGCUUCUGCUGGAUCUUGAUAUCUUAUAUGUUGAAUCCCACGUUGCAGUAAUUGAACGAAUCGAUCAAACAUGCAAAAUGGUCUCAAUGCUUUCGAUAUGUGUCAAUCCUUUCCUCUAUGGCUUCCUUAAUACUAAUUUCCGCCACGAAUUCUCCGAAAUCUAUUUCCGUUACGUGCUGUGCAGAGCGAAGACGACCGGUCAAGGGCGAUUCCAACAUGAUUUCUCAUCGUUGGCUGUUACUACGAGGUUAGAAGUGAAAUUUUUAAUUCCUGAUUACUGCUUCGUCUAG